UUGGUACUUUCUGUUGUCCUGAUUGAUUGACUGAUUGAUCAAUUAUUGCAUUGCAUUUAUAUCCCAUUGCAUUCAAAUGAUUCAACUUUUAUUCUGUUUAGAAUAGGUAGGCUUUGUUUCUGUUCUAUCUUCCAGCUAAAAAAAAAUAUUUUAACUCAUUUGUUCUAAGAAUGUGACAAGAUUUUAGAACCUAUUUAAAAAGCAGAAAGGGGUAAUAAUUUAACAGAACACCUAUUGACUGGAGGAAUUGAACAGUGAUAUCAUAAUCUUGUCACCAGUGGGAGUGUGCCUUCAUCUUUUCUUCAGGAUUGGUGUUUAAGUUACAUUUUAUAAAACUAAUACAAUAGUUGGAAUGAUUUUUUUCUUCUGUAGGUAUUCAUUGAAAGGCUUUUGAGAGUACUCUAAAUUUUGGAAUCUAGGAGAAAUCCCCACCAAAGUAGGAUAAUAUUUAUUAUACUCACAAAAUUAAGAUAUUUAUUAGAUAUUUAAAAAUUUGAUUAAGAUAUGAUUCAAAUAUGUUCAGCAUGCAAACUAGUUAUGAGCAGCAAUAAUUUAUAUGUUUUUUUUUUCUUUAAGUAUUACAGGUCAUAUAUAUUGAGUAGUUCAUAUGACUGGGCUGGAUGGAAAAAAACUUUUGAAAUUGCUUCCAGCUUCUAAACCUUUAGAUAACUUGAGGCCUCUGGUUCAGUCUCCAGUCAUGUCUCAUGCUGUUAAAGGAAAUGUUUCAGUAUCUCUUCAUGAUAAUGUGAAGACUUUGUUUACAGUUACUACUACAUCUCCUGCUGCUAAAAUCUCUGAAUUAAAGACAGUUAUAUCCCGACCAUUAAUUUUACCAAAGCCUUUAAAUCAACUAGAAAAAGCUAAUGUAGCUUCUGUUGUAAAAGAAAAUCCAACUACAUCAGCGGUUUCUGGCAUUCAGAGUAGUUAUUCAGCUGAUAGAUCAUCCUUGCAGAAAGUUAUUGCUCCAGUUUGUUCAGACACAAACAAUACAGAUACAGCAAUUGUGAGGAAUAAAAAUACUCUACAUUCUGUGAAAUCGCCAAUGUUGCUUUCUGGACAUCACCUCCAAAUACCAGCUCAUGCCAAAGUUAAAUCUCUUCCAGCUUCUUUUUUGCCACCAGUAAUUCAGCAGAAAAUCCUGGAUAAGGCUGCAGCCUCAAAUACUUCAGGGACAGGAGAAGUUACAAAUGCACCAACUGUUAUUUUUGUAUCACCGGUAAAUGCAGUGAAAAUGCCUGCUUCAAAAUCAUUGCGAAAGAUAUGUCCAAAACCGGUGGCAGGAGUAUCUAAUUCUUUAAUACUGGCAACACCACAAAAAGCUGUCAAUAGCUCUGCUGUAGAAGUAUCAACAUCUGACAGUAUGGAAGACCAGACAACUCCUAUGAAAUGGGUUGUUCAUGAAAAUCCACAGUCGUCAGCAUCUUGCCUUGUCCCUGUAAAAUCAUCUAACAACAUGGCAUCUAAGAUCUUAAAAACAUUAGCUGAUACAAAAAAUGCCCAAAGCGAUUCUACCAGUAUUCUGCCUACUUGUUCUAAUAGCCUCGGUGAAAGCCAUGCAAAAAUUACCUCUAUAAAAGACAAUGCUCUAGUAAUGUACAAUGGGAAGGUGUAUUUAUUGACUACAAAAGAAGCUAAUAUUUUAUUAACACCCAAGCAUAGCAAUCAAGAAAGCACAAAUGUCAGAAAACAAGCAUCAGAAUUAACUAGUUCAGCUGCAGAUAGUACAAUAACCAGUCAAGUUGUCAACCUCGUACUAUCAAAAAACAAAGGGAUUGCAUCUAAUGUAAAAGAACCUAAGUCCAGUGAGAAUAUGAUACCUUAUCUAGAAUCUGAAGUGAGGAAGGGUUUAAAAGCAGAAUCAACACCUUCUCCCUUACUACAUGACAAUCUGCAAAUAAGCAGCACCAGCCAACAUGAAGUAGUGCCCUCAUGGGGGAGUGUUUCAGUUGGGAUAAAUGUUGCUCAGAAAUACGUCAGAAAAGAAAACACAUAUGGUAUUACACAGAAAGCUCUUUCUUCUAAAGGAGCUGCUGAUGCUACAUUGCCACUUGUGCUACAUCAUGCAGUUAAAAAGGAAGAGCAACAGGUUGAAAUAACUUCUUCAGGAAUCCCUAUUUGGAUGAAGCAUAUGCAAAAGCAACAGAAAGAGCAGUAUCUUCAGUUGAGAAAGAAAUUUGGUCUCUUGAAAGAAGAGAGAGUAUGUCUUAGGAGAAUUUUUUUAUCAGUUCCUUCUAAAAGUUCAGAAGCAUCUGUAUUUUCCAGCACUGUACAAAUGAAUGAUAUUGGUAAUCUGAUGCCUAUAAAAAGUGAAUCUGAAGAAGAAAGGAUAAUUGGGGAACAAGGAGAAUAUUUGAGUAUAAAGAGGAAGAUAAAAGCAAUACCAGUUUUAGAAAAUCCAAAGAGGAGCAAAAAUGUUGUUACAACAGUGCUGAACUCAGAAUGUAAUAACUCUUACUCAGUAAUGGAAAGCUUGAGUAAUUCUUGCACAAAGGACCUAUCAGAACAAGAACAUUCUACUAGUUUUCUGCAGUGCUCUCAUAAAGUCACAAAUCCUUGUGUUCACAAUGAAGCGAACAGUGUUUUGAAUCCUACUUCAUAUUGCCAUGAAAAUGAAACUGCUCUCAGUGAGGGUUCUUUCAAAAAGGAUCCUUUUCCUUUCAGCCCACCAAACUUGGAAGAGACAAUAAAAGAUGAAAAAAUAGCAAGGCUUAAACUGUUGCUGAGGAAACAAGAGGCAGCCUUGGAGGCAAUUCGGAAAAAAAUGUAUCAGUCUUAACAAAGCUAGUUCUCAGCAGAGAAUUCACUUUCAGCUAUUUCGCUUCUGGAGCUUGCUAAAAAAAUUGCCUGUUGCUGUUCAUGCGUAACCUAUCAUAAUUCUAAUUUUUGUGAUGUUUACAUGGUAUUAAUGGGUACAAGUAUACCCCAGUGCCAAGAUAAGUAUGCAAAUCUAGAAUCUUAUUGAGAAGAAUAUGAUUUGCUCAGAAGACUAUUUGAAUAAUUCAUUAUAGUUUUUCAUUUUUUAUAGUAAAUACAGUUUAUAUUUGUGCUGAUCAUUAAGUCUCCAGACUGGUUCCAUAGAUGAAAUGUAGAUAGAAUUCUUCAGUUGCAAAUAUUUCUAAAGCAUAUAACUAGCUUGAUAUUGACAGAAAUAUACUAGCCUAGGUUUGAUUUAGAAGGCUCAGUGAUUAAUGUUGAUCUGUUAUUUAAGUGGGUUUGUCCCAAAACUCAAAAAUAACAUUUUUCGGUCAUUAAUUAUUAAUAACUCAUUGGUUUCUCAAGAAAUUAAAGGUUUGACUUCUCCUUUUCAACAUAUUACAUUUUUAAUUAGAACAAAUGAACAAAGUAUUUGCAGCAUGGUGUGCUCAUGUUCAGGGAUUUAGCUAGCUACUUAUACCCUUUUCCAGGAUAUUCCAGUCACUAUCUCCCACCAGUUUUUGAUCCACCCCUCUGUCUCCUAAAUAAUUAUACAGUCAGCAUUGUGGCCUCAGAGAAGUUCAGUAGUAAUUGGCUUGUUUGGGAUUUGUUUUGGCUUCAUAAAAAUCUGCAUUUGGUAGAAUGAGUUUGAUAUUACUUUAUCCUUCCCAUAUUUGAUUUAGGUUUGAGCACCAGAUGAUGUAUAGCCUACGUUUUUAUUACCUCUUCUGUGAAUCAGUUUAAUUCAUUAAUUCAUUUCAUAGUCACUUGUUGAGAUGGGCAGCUAUAGAAUUCAAAUAAAAUCAAUUGUGUUUCUCCUUUUUCUAUAAUAAAUAUUACCAAUGGGGAAAUCUCACUGGCUUAUUCUUUAAAGGUAUUCAUUACUCAUUUGAUUAGAACAUAAUCCAUGCUGAUCUACUUCAUAUUUUUCUAUAGGGUUUUCUAACCCUAGCCCUCAUUUUUUGUCAGUUUCUGUACAUUUUUGGAGUAGAGUGGAGGUAUGUGUGGUUGGUACUUACUCAGAACUUUUUGCGGUGCAGUGCUAAACAAUAGGCUUGCCCUAUGUUUGACUGCUUUGUGUUGGAUCCUAGCUUGGACCAACUGGACUGCAUGUAAUGGAGCCUUGAGCUUCUGGUUCUGUGGAGGAGACCUUGCUUCCUUAUCCCCCCACCCCUGCUCCAGAUUUCUACCUUUAGUGCAGGAUUCUUCAGGGAUUGUCUGGGGGGAGGCUUGUUGGGUGGAGAUUUCCAUUGCUGCUGCCAAAGCCUUGGGAAUGCAGCACCACUGGGGAUUGCGGAAGACCUUGGCAAGGGCCAAGAUGAUGUUUCAUUGACAGCCAGUGGCAGGAGACUGGGCAUCUUGUGUGGUAGUGAUGGUGAUGAUACAGCCCAGUUGCACAAUUGUGAUGCUGAGACUUUCAGUGGCUACAGUGCUGUGCAGCCCUGUCAGCUGGUGCUGGGAAAUACUGGAGAUGUGGCGCUGCACUUUUUGCUGCCUCCUAGCCAAGGGGCUUGCCAGGAUUCCAGCAACUGUUAGUGGUGGCAGGGUGAGGAAGAGAUAGCAGCAAAUUGGUGUUGGCAGGCUGCUGUGAACCACCCCCACCCCCACAGAGGCCAUCUUCUUGCUGACACCUGAAAAGGACAGUGCGGUGAUCAUUUUGUGGUUGAUUACACUCUGCAGGCUCCAUCUUCCAGAUGGGCUGGUAAUGAUGGUAAUGUGAGAUUAUCAAUGCAGAUUUUCCUCACUGAUAGACUAAUGGCCCUUCCUGGGUGAAAGCUGGUGAGGGGGGAUUGGUUGGAGGUGAUUGUGUUUGUUGGGUGGGAGGGGAGGUGGUUUUUGGAGAGGUGAUGGCACUGAGAGCUAGGGCUAAAGUGUCUCAGGGGACUUAGCAUCCUCUUCCUUGGAUAGAUAUACUGAAGACAGGAGGGGAUCCCCUGGCUUGAGAACUGGGGAAGCUGGAUUGGGGGAUGGUGGGGCCUCAGGGCGAUGUUAGGGCAGGUCAGAAUAUCACAGUAAUGAUGGGUAUAGGACACUGGGAGAAGGCCACAAGAGACCAGGAGAAGGCCACUCUCAGGAAAUGCGGGCUUGGUGCCUUAUACCAGGUCCACGUUCCAGCCACUGGAACUCAAACCCAGUGCCUGGUCAGCUGCCCUUCUGAGGCCCUGGCUUUUGGCUGCUGCUACUAAAUGCCAGGUCAGCCUGUAAUUAGGCCUCCCUCAUUUGUGAUUUAAUCACAGAUGGGAGGACCAACCUGGCGUGCAUUACUGAGACCUGGCUGGCGCUGGAAAGGGGGGUUCCCCUUUCAAAAGUGUCAGGUGGGCUUCGGGUGUGGCAUCAACUGAGACCUCAGGGCAGGGGUGGAAGUGUGGUGAUUGUCAUCCAGGAGUGUCUUCAGGCUUUCAGGGGCACUACUUUGCAGGUUGCUGGAUGUGAGACCCUUUCAUUAAGUUGGGCUCUAGGGAUCAGUUGGGACUGUUGCUACUGUACUAGCCUCCCUGUUGCAUAGCAAUCUCCCUGCCUCAGCCGCUUGACACUAUUACUGGGUUGGCAGUAGAGUUCCCCAGACUUGUGAUCUGCAGGAACUUCAAUCUGCCUUCUCUGGUGGGUCUGAGGCGGCUUAGGAAUUCAUGGCUACCAUGACAGCCACGGGCUAUCCCAGAUCAUCCAGGGCCCGACAUGGUACAGUGGUUGCACAUCUGAUCUGGUUUUCCUGUCAGAGCAGUGACAAUGUGAUCUGGAAUUGGGGGAGCUUUCAGUGUCCCCCUUGUCAUGGUCAGGUCAUGUCCUGAUGGCCAUGAGAUUCUCUGGUGCCACUAUCCACUGCAGGGAGGCAGGACCUAUUAGAUUGGUCUUCUCUUGGUGACUGAUGGACCCAGAUGGGUUUCAGAGGGAGCUGGGGAUUGUUCCUGCCAGUUUGCUGCAUAGUCUGAAGCCUUGGUUGCCGCUUGGAACAAGAGGGCUGCUGAGGCCUUAGAUUGGAUUGUGCCUAUGCGGCCUCUCCCCUCUCUUGGAUCCCAUCACUCCCUGUGGUUCACAUAAAUGCUGAGGGAGAUGAAAUGGGAGAUGUGUAGAGCAUCGCUGGCACUCAACAAGGGACGAAUUCAACCAAACACAGGUUAAAGUUGCACUUAAGGCCUACCUUGUAGCAGUAAGGGUGGCGAAGCGACAAUACUUCUCUGCCCUUAUUGUGUCUGCAGAUAGCCAUCCGGCAGCCUUGUUUUAGGUGGUAUGUGUCCUCUUUGGUAGAGGGCUCAGAGAUCCCCCUACAAGGCCGCGCAGAAGAAUUUGUUCAGCAUUUGUUAGAUAAAGUCACUCAAAUUCAUUCUCAGUUGGACGCUGGCCUUGUUGCAGGUCCCAGGGAGGUGCCUGGGGUAGAGUCUUGCCCUGUUACCUAGGAAGAGUUUGAACUUAUUGGGCCUGAGGAAGUGGAUAGGGUCCUUAUGACUGUGAGCUUAGCCACCUGCUCUUUAGAUCCAUGCCUCUCCUGGCUAACUAAAGCUGCCUGAGGGGUGUCUUGUGGGUGGGUUCUAGCGGUGAUGAAUUCUUCCUUGUGUGAGGGGGUCGUUCCUCCACCUCUUAAGGAGGUGCUGGUUUACCCCUUCCUCAAGGACCCAUCGCUGGAUCCCACCAUACUGAACAAUUUUUGUCCAGUGCCUAACCUCCCUUUUGGGGAAGGUGGUCGCACAGCUACU